AUCAAGGAAACCCAAAACCGUUAAUAUUCAAGAAAGAGAGAGCAACAUAAUCCCUCCGUUAGCUAAGGAAUAUUUUUCUUUUUAGUUAUUGGUUUAAUUUAUUAUUAGAUUACAUAGACCUGGUUCGCUGAGGGUUAAUGUUCUUGAGAUUUUAAUAGAAUUGAAGGUAAGGGAUUGAUUGAUUCAUGAGAAAAGAUGAAAUUUUGCAAGAAAUAUCAAGAGUACAUGCAAGGCCAAGAGAAAGAACUACCUGGGGUUGGUUUCAAGAAGCUUAAGAAGAUUUUGAAAAAAUGCAGGACAGAUUUUGAAUCCCAUCAAGAUCUUGAUGGGUCUUCUCCUGAUGCCCAACACUGUCCUCAUCACUGUCCAGGUGCAUUGUGUGAUGGAACCUUCUUCCCUUCCCUUCUCAAGGAAAUGUCUGCAGUGGUUGGUUGUUUCAAUGAUCGAGCCCAGAAAUUGCUCGAGCUGCACCUUGCUUCCGGCUUUAGAAAAUACUUUAUAUGGUUCAAAGGAAAAUUGCAGGGAAAUCAUGUUGCUUUGAUGCAAGAAGGCAAGGAUCUAGUUACCUAUGCACUUAUAAAUGCGAUUGCAGUACGAAAAAUUCUAAAGAAAUAUGAUAAGGUUCAUUACUCGAACCAAGGACAGGCCUUCAGGUCACAAGCCCAAAGUAUGCACAUUGAGAUUCUUCAGUCUCCAUGGCUUUGUGAGCUUAUGGCUUUCCACAUCAAUUUAAGGGAAACUAAGGUCAAGUCAAAUAAUAAGGCCCCUGCCUUGUUCGAGGGGUGCUCACUAACAUUUGAUGAUGAUGGCAAACCAUCACUCUCUUGCGAGCUUUUUGAUUCUGUCAAACUUGAUGUUGAUUUGACUUGUUCAAUAUGCUUGGACACAGUGUUUGAUCCAGUUUCUCUCACAUGUGGCCAUAUAUUCUGCUAUCUGUGUGCCUGCUCCGCUGCUAAAGUGACCAUAAUUGACGGACUAAAGGCAGCAGAGCCUAAAGAAAAAUGCCCUUUAUGCCGAGAGGCUAGAGUUUAUGAAGGCGCUGUACACCUGGAAGAGCUUAAUAUUUUACUGAGCCAGAGUUGCCCUGAAUAUUGGGAGGAACGGUUGCAAUUGGAAAGGACAGAGAGGAUUCGACAGGCAAAGGAGCACUGGGAAUUUCAGUGUCGAGCAUUCAUGGGUGUGUAGAAUAGUAAAUACUUCAGCUAGAAACUAGAUUAAAUCUAAUAACAUUUUGCAGAUCUUGCCAUAAAAUUCUCCCUCUUACUCUUUUUUACGACAGGAUUGAUUUAAAUUGUGUGGAUGUUAUGCUCUUUGGCAAGGUGCUUGACUUGGCAAAAAUUUUAUAUGUAGUUGUUUAUGUAUAAAUGUUUAGACGCAAAAAUUGGGACAGAAAAUGGAAUGUUGUGUUUCUGCUGCGAA